CAACUUAUUUUAACCCCCAACCGGAAACGUGAGUAGCUGGAAUCGUAAAACAACAAGAGAAGCUGUUGUACUUUUAUUCGGAGUAAUAUAAACCAAACCUUUGAAAUCAGAAUGUCUGGAUCGUCAACCGUGAAUGCAAUGAAGAAAGUCGUGCAACAGUUGCGAUUUGAAGCAAGUAUAAACAGAGUAAAGGUGUCCCAGGCCGCCGCUGAACUGCAACAGUUUUGCUUACAGAAUGCCCACCAGGACCCUUUGCUGACAGGGGUGUCUUCCAGCACAAACCCAUUCAGGCCGCAGAAAGUGUGCUCAUUUUUGUAGGGCGAAGUACCUGCUUUUCUCUUUCACUGGUUUAUAAUGCCAGAUCUUUGCAAACCAACUCUGUUGCCACCUCCCUUGUCGUCUGAAGACUUUUUACAUGAACCAUUAUUUCAAGUCUUAAGUGCCAGUUCUAGACUUUUAUUUUUAUUUUUUAAAGCAUAGUAUUACCUGACUAUUUUUUAAACUUUACCUACCUCUUAAGCUUUAGUUGCCUUGCCAUCUUUAUUAAAGAACCAGUUAUGUAUAUAUUUUAUUGGGGAAAAUUAAUUUAACAAAAGGGACUGUGAACAGACUUAAGAGUAUUUGCUUAGUAUUUACACUUGUGGGCUGAUCAAUGUUUGUACUUCCUUCUUGUAAAAUGAUAAAUCUGAAGAAAAUACUGUCCCCAUUUUAUUUGAUUGUGGAACCAAACUGGAUUUCCCCUCUUAAUCCAAUUCUCAAGUCUUGAUUGGUAAUAUCUGACUGAUGAUGACUCUGCUUAGAUUCAAGAGCCUGCUGGUGGGAUCAAUGCAGUUAUACUUUGAUGUCUUUACAUGUUCUAGCAUUGCAUUAUGCAGUUUUGGGGGGUGAGGGUGACUUAAUUGAACAAAAAUGCCUACUGUGGUUGUAAUAGAAAUGUCAAACUCCACUUUGAUUCUUAACUUUGUAGAAUAUUGGUUUACUGUUUGUCAUUUGAAGCCUGCCACCAACAUAGUUGCCUUUUAAAAUAAAAUGAGUUAAAUGUCA